AUGGCGGACGAUGAGUUGGUGCUCGCGACCUCGGCCGUGGACGCCGGCAUCGCUUGCUGGGACCUCAGAUCCGGCUCCGAGCGUCUACGCCACCGUCCCUGCGCCUGCGCUCCUGCUGGCCUCCUCGCGGUUGGCUGCGGCCGCUUCCUUGCAGCCUCCCAGCUCCCCGACCACCCCUCCUCCACCUCAGCCCCCAUCUUCUUCUUCUCCUGGGAUAAACCUCAGGUGGAGGUGCGGAGCUUUCCCGCUGAGCCAAUCUGUCCGCUUCUCUCCAACUCCGAUGGAACUUUCAUCUUCGGCGGUGGCUCCUCGGGAUCCAUCUAUUUAUGGGAGGUGUCCAGUGGAAAGUUGCUUAGCAAGUGGAAUGCCCAUUACCGUUCUGUUACUUGUCUCACCUUGUCAGAUGAUGAAUCCAUGCUCAUCUCUGGAUCUGUGGAUGGGAGUGUCAGAGUGUGGUCACUUUUGAUGAUGUUUGAUGAGAUUGGGAAAGAGGCAGUGAGGAAUUUGUAUGUCUAUAGUUUCUCAGAGCAUAGUUUGCGAGUGACUGAUGUUGUUUCUGGUCAUGGGUUUUGCAACUCCAUCAUUGUAUCAUCGUCUGAGGAUCGCACUUGCAAGAUCUGGAGCUUGUCCAAAGGCAGGCUGCUGAGGACUGUUUACUUCCCCGCUAUUAUCAAUGCCAUUGCUAUGGAUCCCGGUGAACAUGCAUUUUAUGCUGGUGGUAGGGAUGGCAAGAUAUAUAUUGUUGCACUUAAUGGGGAACAUAAUCCUGACAGCAGCCAUGGCUUGUUUAUUAUAGGUUCCUUAACCGAUCACAGCAAAGCAGUUACUUGCCUAGCAUUUAGCAUAGACGGUGUUACAUUGGUGUCGGGGUCCGAAGAUGGUACAGUUAGAGUUUGGGAUGCUAAAAAGAAGCUUGUCGUUCGAGUUCUAAAACAUAUGAAAGGUCCUGUCAAUAAUGUUAUUAUUGUCCGGCAACAAUCCUGCUCAGAUUCUCAAGUUCUCCAAUCCCGAAAGCGGAUGCAUUUGUCAAUGCCACCACCAUUAAAUAAGUACAUCAACUCAACUGAUGGUGAACUUGAAAGCCAGGCUGUGAUUGUUCCUCAGCCAACACGUGAACCUCUGGACACCGGAUAUUGCAGUUCAACUGUGAUGAAGAAUCAAAUUAAAGAACUACAGAAUUCAUCGAGAGCCACGGAAAUGGAGGUUGAAAAACUAAGGAUGCAAUGUGCAAGAUCUGCUCAAGUGGCCCAACAAUGGAGCAAAUUAUAUCAAGAUUUGCAGGAUGUUUAUGUGGAUAAAAUGCUUGAUGACAACUAAUUGGGUGUUGGCAUUUGCUAAGAUACUUUUUAUUGCUUUCAUUUGCCUAGUUUUUGGAAAAAUGUAACACGUAAAUUGUUUGUUACAUGAGUUAAUAGAGGGUCAGCUUUGAAUAAUUCUAUUUAUGUGAUGUUUGUGGAUUAAUUUUUAUAUAAAAUUUUU